CUGGGCGGGGCGCGCGCGGGCCUCAGCUCCUCACGCGCCGCGCUCGUAGCCCCAGCUCGCGCGCCGCGGGGAAGCCCGGCGGCCAGCGCCGUCCGCGAGCCCACGCCGUGGCCGGAGGAGGAGCCGCGGGCGCCCAGAAGAGAAGGCAAAAUCCCAGUGAAGAAAGUGACUCGACAACUCACUGAGCUGGAGUGAGGCGCUCCUGACUACCACCUGGUGCUUUUCCACUCUGCCUCAUUUCCUGUUUCUCCACUGGAGGAAAAGUAAAAGUUUCCCUGUCAUUCACAGAAAAAUGAAUAAUUUAAACCUUUGGAGGACUCAAUUAUAACACUUCAGUACUACCAACUAAGAUUUGUGACAAUAAAUUUCUUCACUAUAGAACUGUUGAAGAACUAAAAGAAGAUAUUCUUCUAUAAAAAGUUCUGUAGUGUGAUGAUAUUACUAAAUAACACUUAAAAACUCAAUUAUUAAAUUAUUAGAUUUGCUAAUAAAAGCACACAUGUGCAUUUGCUACUGUAUCCUGACAGUUUUACUAAACCUCAAAUUUAGACAGUUCCUUUUGUAGGAAAGUCAUUGCAAGAAACCACUGAACAUUGCCACCAAGUGUCACUUAGGAAAAUUUACUUGAAACAACUACUAUAGAAUUCCAAAUCCCCCCCACUAAGUGGAUUUGAUAUUAUGGCAGCAACUUACAGACUUGUGGUCAGUACUGUGAACCACUAUAGCAGCGUGAUAAUAGACCGGCGUUUUGAACAAGCUAUACAUUAUUGCACUGGAACCUGCCACACCUUCGCCCAUGGAGUGGAUUGCAUUGUGGUGCACCAUAGCGUUUGUGCAGACCUCUUGCACAUUCCCGUGUCUCAGUUCAAAGAUGCCGACCUGGACUCUAUGUUCCUACCCCAUGAAAAUGGGUUUUCCUCAGUUGACGGCGACUAUCCCCAUCAGGCCCUUAUUGGCAUACCCAGGAUCAGGAAAGGAUCUACAUUUCAAAACACCUGUAACUUAAAGGACAUUGCAGGAGAAGCAAUCAGUUUUGCCAGUGGGAAAAUAAAGGAAUUUUCCCUUGAAAAACUCAAAAACUCUAACCAUGCAGUUUACAAAAAAGGAAGGAAAGUUAAGUCUGAUUCAUUUAAUAGGAGGUCAGUUGAUUUUGACUUGCUCUGUGGCCAUUAUAGCAAUGACGGGAACUCCCCGUCCUUUGGUUUACUUCGGAGUUCCUCAGUUGAGGAAAAAUCUUUGUCCCAUAGAAAUUCACUUGAUUCAGGCCUCGCUUCAAUGCUUCUUCAGAACAUCUCUGAAGAAGACUUAGUCACUCAAAUUUUGGAAAAACAUAAACUCGAUCAUUUUUCUCCUGGAACAGACAUAAAGAUGUGCUUGGACAUCUUGCUGAAAUGCUCUGAGGAUUUGAAAAAAUGCACAGACAUCAUUAAACAGUGCAUAAAGAAAAAGUCAGGGAGCAACAUCAAUGAAGGAAAUGGUAAUGAUGCCAUUUCUAGCCCUGAAACUAUUUAUAUGACUGUAAUGACCAGGUUAGCAUCAUACCUGAAAAAGUUACCAUUUGAAUUCAUGCAGUCUGGGAAUAAUGAGGCUAUAGACUUAACAGAACUUGUCAGUAAUAUGCCUAGUUUACAACUGACUCCCUUCUCCCCGAUAUUUGGCACCGAACAGCCUCCUAAAUAUGAAGACGUUGUCCAGCUCACAGCCCCUGAUGCAGGGAGAUUUCAGGCUAUAGAAAUGCAAAAUGAAAAGCACAAUACUAGGAAAAUAGAUAAUACAAAACCCAUUCCAACCAAUUCAGUGAAUUCCUUAUAUAAUUUAGAGAAAAAUGAUCCCAAAUCUUUAAAAGAUGCCCAGCAUCCAUCACAGUCAUUAACCAUAAAUCCUUUAGAAAAUUCUUCUGGUAAUGUAAUAGAUACCCUUUUUAUUGAAGAAGAGUCUGAUGGUGAGAAAGCAUUAGCUAAAGGACAAAGGACAGAGAAUGGACUCAGUCAGGAAUCAUUAAAGGAAAAUGAAGAUAAAGCAGAAUUUUCAGAUCAUGGUGCUCAUCUUAAGAAAGGUCCUGCCUCCAUGCAGACUGAAAUUGCUAAGACGAUCUUUAAGAAGUCAGUUGCUAACCUACCUGAGGAAAAUUUUAAAUCAAAAGUUGCUAAAGUUGAAGAGGGAGACCACAAAGGUUUUAUGAAUUCAAAUAGUCAGGAAGAAAUAGAUAAGUUAUUAAUGGACUUGGAAUCUUUUUCACAGAAAAUGGAGACCUCUCUAAGAGACCCUCUUGCCAAGGGUAAAAGCUCCAACCCUGCAAAUAGUUAUAGUCCAUUGACUGGUCAGAGCCCUGUAGAUUUUGAAUCUAAAUCUAAAAUCUCUUCGACCGUGGAAAAAGUCUCACCCUCCUGUCUGACAAGAAUUAUUGAAACCAAUGGACACAAAAUAGAGGAAGAGGAUCGAGCCCUCUUACUGCGAAUUCUAGAAAGUAUUGAAGACUUUGCUCAAGAACUAGUUGAAUGUAAAUCAGGUAGAGGAAGCCUCUCACAAGAAAAGGAAAUGAUGCAGAUUCUUCAGGAAACUUUGACAACAUCUUCCCAGCCCAAUUCAAUAUGUAGAAGUUCCCCUGUUGAUGAUAAAGCUAAAGAUGCUACAGUGGUUUUGAUUCAGCAGACACCAGAGGUGAUCAAGAUUCAAAACAAACAAGAAAAGAAACCUGGAACGCCACUUUCCUCUCCAGCCACCUUUCCAAGUAGUCCUCAACCGCUCUCCCCAGUUCCUCAUGUGAACAAUGUUGUGAAUGCAUCGUUGUCCAAAAACAUUCCACAGUUCUACUUUCCUGAAGGACUCCCAGAUGCCUGCAGUAACCACGAACAAACGCUAAGCAAAAUUGAAGCUGCUUUCAUGGAUAUUGAAGAUCAGAAAGCAGACAUAUAUGAAAUGGGAAAAAUUGCAAAGGCCUGUGGCUGCCCUCUCUACUGGAAAGCCCCCAUGUUCCGGGCGGCCGGAGGAGACAGGACGGGAUCUGUGUCGGCACAGGCGUUCAUUGCCAUGUGGAGAGAGUUGGUGAAUAACCAUCAUGAUGAUGCCUCUAAGUUUAUUCAUCUUCUAGCAAAACCCAGCUGCUGUUCUCUGGAGCAGGAGGACUUUAUCCCUUUACUUCAGGAUGUGGUGGAUACACACCCUGGCCUCACGUUCCUGAAAGAUGCUCCAGAAUUCCAUUCCCGAUAUAUCACCACGGUUAUUCAGAGAAUAUUCUACACAGUCAACAGAUCUUGGAGUGGAAAAAUUACUUCGACAGAAAUAAGGAAAAGCAACUUUUUGCAAACGCUGGCUCUUCUGGAAGAAGAGGAAGAUAUCAACCAAAUCACAGAUUACUUCUCCUACGAACAUUUCUAUGUUAUUUAUUGUAAAUUCUGGGAACUGGACAGUGAUCACGACCUCUACAUCAGCCAGGACGAUCUCUCUCGUUACAAUGACCAGGCUUCUUCAAAUAGGAUCAUUGAAAGGAUAUUUUCUGGGGCAGUAACAAGGGGAAAAACUGUACAGAAAGAGGGAAGAAUGAGCUAUGCAGAUUUUGUAUGGUUUCUGAUCUCUGAAGAAGACAAAAGGAACCCAACCAGUGUUGAAUACUGGUUCCGCUGCAUGGAUGUGGAUGGAGAUGGCGUCCUGUCCAUGUAUGAGCUGGAGUACUUCUAUGAGGAGCAGUGUGAGCGCAUGGAGGCCAUGGGCAUUGAGCCCUUGCCGUUCCAUGAUCUGCUGUGCCAGAUGCUUGACUUGGUGAAGCCAGCCAGCGAUGGCAAAAUAACUCUACGAGAUUUGAAGAGAUGCAGAAUGGCUCACAUCUUUUAUGACACUUUCUUUAAUUUGGAGAAAUACUUAGACCACGAGCAGAGAGAUCCCUUUGCAGUCCAGAAGGAUGUUGAGAACGACGGGCCUGAGCCAUCCGACUGGGACAGGUUCGCCUCCGAGGAGUACGAGACGCUCGUUGCGGAGGAGUCUGCGCAAGCGCAGUUCCAGGAAGGCUCUUUUGAAGAUUAUGAAACAGAAGAAACUGCCUCUCUCUCUGAAUUUGGAAACAAGAAUAGUAAAAUAACUUCAAGUGUUUCAGAGAAAUGUGGAAAGCUUCAGUCAGUGGACGAAGAGUAGCUGGCCAGUGUCUACGCGAAAAUGUGUAUUUUAAAUUUUUCUUGUGAAGAGAUGCUCUAGUUUGCAUACUGCUUUCUAAAGCUUUGGUUUCUGCAAAUGUGUAUCUGCACUAGGAACUGUAACAUGUUUUUAAAUGAUAGAUUUGGAUACACUUUGAAAGACUCCUCCAUUUUGCCUCAACAUAAUGAGCUUUUCUUCGAAAUCAAUUACAAUGUACAUCACCUACCGAUGUCUGCAGAGAAUCAGCACUCUUCAAUCACUAAUGGCCCAAGAUCUUGAGAACACACCAAGCAGUUUUCUGCACAGAACUGGUAGUUGCCUCUGCCGCCCAGCACUCCAGGCCCCUCAAGGCUCCCAUGGAGCUAAGAGACACCUUCACCUGCAGAAAACUUGAGGCAAGCAAUUCUGGAACUUGAAAAAGGGUCUUCGAAACAGACUUAGCCCUUGGUAAUAAAAGCACUGCCAAACAUCUCAGAGACUUCCUUUAAUUUUAUGUGUACUGGAGUUCAAAGAUUGGUUUAAUGUAGUUUCAUAAUGACCUGCCAAACUGCUAGUCACUUUACAUCCUCAGGUAUCAUAACCACCAGGCCUUCCACAACCUUGCUGGCAAGCUCUGAAUAACCCUUCCGCAUCCUGUGGAUCUUACAUAAACCUGAAGAAAAUAUUUUAAUAGAAACAAGUACAUUGGGACUGGAGAAAGCACAGCCGGUAAGGCGCCCCCUUGCAUGCAGCCAUCUAGAUCCAAUACCUGGCACCCAAUAUGGUGUCCCAAGCCCACCAGGAGUGAUCCCUGAGUGUAGAGCCAGGACUAACCUGAGCAUCACCAGGUGUGGCCCUCAAGCCCCCAAAAUUUAAAAAGUAAUUUGACUGAUACUUUGAAAAUGUUUAGCAUGUUAUUAAUCUCUAAUUUAGUUGAUGCUCCAAUCAUACUUCUUUAUCAGAAGGCUUGUUUAAACGAUAUGAGAAAAUUCUAACUAAAGCGGUAUCACUGAAUGUUAAACUAAACAUUUAUUUCAUGCUGAAAAUAAACUAUUACUCUAAUACUCUACCCAGCUUUUAUUUGUAACAGAAAUUCAAGAAAACUGUGAUGCUACUCAUAAAACUUAUUUUAUGUUUAGUGGUAGAUGGGUUUUUUACAGAAGUCUCAGUUCCUUUUUCUUUUCCAGAGAAAAACAAUGUAGUCAAAUUCUGUUAUACUCUUGAAAAUUGAAAGUAUUAUUAAAAAGGACAUUUCUGAUUAUUCAAGAAAUCCCCUAAGCAACUUUAAAUCUAUUUUUAUCUUUUCCCCUGACUUUUUUUAAACUACAAGCCCUGUAUGUCAGAAUCCACUUCCCUUCCCAUCAUCACUUGGUACCCUAUGAGGUAUGAAGGCCAAACACUGAAAUAAUCAAACCUUGGGCUAUGUUAGACAGAGCAGAAAAUGUUCAGGAAAUGUACCAUCAACUGCUAUAGUAAUAGAUGCAGCAGUUCUAACAAUCAGUGUCAAUAUCCUCCCAACUUCCUGUCACUUUACCCUCAUGAGCAAAAAACAAUCUUCCACUUAAAUGUUCACUGAAACUAUUAAAAUAACCUAAUACAUGAGAAAGCAUUAAAAGUGACUAAAUAUUUAAGCUCUACAUAAAGCACAUAAACACUGGUACAUUAUUAGGGCUAAAAGUAUUCAUAUAAGGGCCCAAGCGAUAGUACAGCGGGUAGGGUGUUUGCCUUGUACAUGAACCUGGGUUCCAUCCCCAGCAUCCACUAUGGUCCCGGGAGCACCGCCAGGGGUAAUUCCUGAGUGGCAAGCCAGGAGUAACCCCUGAGCAUUGCCGGGUGUGACUCAAAAAAGCUGAAAAAAUAAGUUAUUCAUAUAAGUUCCAGAGCAGUGUUUAGCGAGUAGGGCAUUUGCCUUGCACGCAGACUACCUGGGUUCUAUCCCGGCAUCCCAUAUGGUCCCCCAAGCACUGCCAGGACUAAUUCCUGAGUGCAGAGCCAGGAGUAAUCCCUGAGCAUCACCGGAUGUGACACAAAAUGCCCAAAAAAAGUAUUCAUGACAUUUACCAUGUACCUUUACCAAGGAAGGAAAGCCUUUUUUUCCCCAAAAAAAAGUAUUUAGAAUACAUUUUAGGAGUCAUAUAUAAAGGUUUCUAAACUCAGUAAAUACUAAAACUAAAAUUCAACUUGCCUACAUACCUGUGGUUUUUCUUUUUAAUCUUGUUUUUCUUAAUGCCUUUCCUUUUUCACUUAGCUCAAUAUUUUAUUUUCAAAGUAGAACUAUCAAUGCCGUACCAUUUUUAGUAAGCCUGUUUGAUUUCUGGUACCCAAAGUCUAUCUCCAGACUUAAGAAUGUGUUCCGUUGUAAUCUUAGCAAGAAAUAUAAGAAACAUGAGUUCUGACGAAAUAGGAAUAGAAUACUUGACUUUAUGAUAAAGAUCAUAUUGAAUGUAAUUAUUACCGUCCAGAUGGAAAAUUCAAGCUGUUAAAGUAUCUCAGGCCCCGUGAUAAAAACCUUUAUCAUGCAUGAUCUUAAUGAUAUUCAAUGAAAUGUGAGUUUCGUAGCUUAACCAAGGUAAUCAAACCUAUAAAGUUCUGUGUAUUCCCCCUGUAUCUUACUUGUCACUAUAUAUCAGAGUGUUUAUAAACUCUAGAUUAAUCAUAUAAGGUAAGUCAUUUGAUAAACUUUUGGAAAUGUUAAAAGUGUAUUUGGGUGGGAAAAGCCUGCAUGAUUUAACUGUUUUUACUUUUCCGUUUUUUGCAAAACUGAAUAAAGACAAGUUAUCAAAUAUGGA